CACUCAUGGUUAUUAGGGGAAUUUAUUUUGUGUGAAACUAACGUAUCUUGGUUAAAGUGUAAUAAAAAUGACCACUGACAAAAUGGAGAACAUCAACAAGGUUUAGUGAGAACUACAUUAUUUACGCAAAGGGAAUAUGUAAAAUAUAAUAUAUAUUAAUUAUUAUAGUAAGUGUGUGCUUUCCAUAUUUGGUACCAUUAUAGAUCCCGAAGACUUUAAAUACUAGCUAAUAUUGGAUCAGCUACAUGCAAAAGUAUCUACAUAGCAAGUUGGUUCUUUGCAGCUGAUAUGUUCAUAUUAAUAUAAGCAUGUGUAUCACAAUAACUGCAACAAUGAUUUGAAUGUAGACUGGUGGAAAUGGUGUGACUUGUGUAAACGAAUUACAGCAUUUAUUAUUGAAGACAAUUCCAGAAAGCAAAACUUGCAGCUUUAGAAGCUGUAACCAAAACUGUGAACUAAGUUUUUACUGAUUGACCAACGAUUUCAGCAGAAAACUAAUGGGCCGGGGGGAACCAUAACCAACAGGCUUAUCGUACCUGAGCAAGAAUCAAGGUAGAGCUGCAACUUGAAAGAAUAAUGCUGUUCUUGGUGCAACAGUUUUCUUAUUGCCUUUUUCUCUGAGAAUGUUAAAACCAAGUGGUGCAUUUGAAGAAGUAGGUAAAAUACAUUGUUUGGACUGAAGAACAAGGUGGCGGCCAAGGCCAACAGAAUCUGUCUGAUGGUGUCAUCACUCAAGGACUCCAUCACUGAGACUGGAGAUAAAUAUAUGUAUUAUCAUUUUCACAUGCAGAAAGAAUCACUAAGUGCCAAUGUUCUCUGCGAUUUUUACAUAUGGUACUCAACCUUUUGCAAUGUUGUCUUAGCAUUAAGAGAUUCACACUACAAGGGCAAUAACUAUUGUGAAAAAGAGAACAAAAUAUUAAGAUUUUGUUUAUUUUUAGGACAUUUGUGCAUGGGAUCAAUAAGUUUCUUACCUUAUUGCCACAAAAUCUCUUAAUUUGAGAGGUUUUCACUGAACAUUGUGUUAUCAAAAUGCUGCAUUUGCAGCAGAGAAGACAGUUUUUGUGUGUUAACAAUUUGUCUUGCCACAUAUUUACAACACACACUGGCAGUGACAAACAGAAGAGUGAGCAGAUGGACAGGAACAUGUAACAUACAAAUACACCAACACAAUUAACUGAAAAAGUCAAAGCAGGGGUUAAAUCAGAUCAUAUUGUGUAAUUAUAUUAAGUAAUUUUGGGCUUUUACCACUCAUAUCUCAGAGAUUUUUGAAAAGUUUGUGCGUUUAUGAAUAAACCAUUUUCCCAAAAUAAUUAAACUGUGUAUGAGAAAUGCUAAAUCCCUGUUCACAAAAAGCAAUCCUAACUUGACAUUUCUAGUGUAAACGCUAUUAACUGUAGUAUCAAGACAUUUAAAAACUUUAGAGUAAUAGUACGAUAAAAGCAAAAGUGAUCUGUAGUCUCUGCAUUUGUAUUGCAGAAUUGACUUGUCUGUGUUAAAUUGUCUUGGGAGUUCAUUAGAAGGGUGAAUUUCACUCAUCAUUUUGAAGUGCACCUCUUUAACUUUAGGAGGAAUGGGGGAUGAAAAGUUUCUUUUCCGGAUUUUACGAGCAACCAAGGCAGAAAAAACACACCAAACAUGUCAUUUGUCCUUGUAGUAAACAGUAGGGAGGCAUUCAGGAGAUCCGGACAUCCCGCCUGUGCAGAACAGUCAUCUCCUCCACAUUCGCGCUCGUCUGUCAGGUGGGCGUGUUUCAGCUCUGCCAUUGGACAAACACUUCUCCUUCCUCCCCGGCUUCCGCUUUCUUUUCAUACGCACGCCCAGCCACUGAAUAAUGAUAAUAAUGAUCAAGAUGGCUACUACAGAAUCCUUGCGGUAGCUAACCACCAAUUUCAUGGAACCACUCAAAACUGCGAUUUCUCACUGUUUAAGUCCCUCGUAGGUGACGGGGUCGGUGCCAGGAAUAAUACUAUAUGGAUUAAUACGGGCUGGGAGGAGAUAAAAGUAAUUGUGUUGCCUGCAGCACUCAUUCUGAGGAAGCUAGCUAGCAGAGCAACCAGCUAGCUAUACUUGUCGACCAUCUCCAGGUUUAGCUUUCCAGCCAGCGGCGGCUCAGAGGAGUGUGGCGCUCCCCGUUUUGCGUGCCCGGUCGUCGGACGGAGAGCGUCAAAUGGCAGAGCCGAGGAAAGUGCCGUUCGUCACCAUCUCAUCCUUCAACACCUCGCCGCCGACCCCGGAGUCCAGCAAGAAGCGCCGCCGCGAAGAUGAGGCCGUCGAAAUUACUUUUGGGAAAGAUGGAGGUGGAAGUGCCGCGGCGGUCGGCUCAGGAGGUGACGGAGGUCUGUUUGGUAACGUUAACACGAAAGGUGGCGAUGCCGAGACCGAGGAGGCGAAACCCACCGUCCGCCUCAACCUCCCGUUGACCGAGCCAAAUGAACGAGCGUCCGCUGAGUUCAACUACGGCGAGCUGGUCCACUCAACUCUUACUCAGGUAAAGCUUGCAGGUUCAACAGCCCCUAAAGGACUCACUCCUCCCCUGGACCCUAACGAUCCCUUUGCUGACGAUGAGAGGGAGAGACGGGAGGUAGAACAGCUGGCCAAGAAAUUUGAGAACAAAUAUGGUGGUGUCUCAAAGAAGAAGAAAAAGGACAGGAUGCAGGAUCUCAUUGACAUUGGCUAUGGCUAUGAUGAGACCGACCCUUUCAUAGACAAUUCAGAGGCUUACGACGAGCUGGUGCCGGCCUCGCUCACCACAAAACAUGGAGGCUUCUACAUCAACACAGGCACUCUGCAGUUCAGAGCAGCAUCUGACUCUGAGGGAGAAAAUGCAGGCACGGAGGAUAAUCACUUCAAGAAGAUGAAAGAUGGUGAGGAGCGGGUGAUAAAAAAACGUCGGAAAAAGCAAGAUGGUGGAAUUCUGGAAGACAAGAAACCCAGAAAGAAUAAAGUACCAAAGUCCGGAGUUUCAUCCCUGAAUGUUCAUCGACCAGAAAAGAAAAAGAGGAAGAAGCUGAUGAAGGAUUCUAUCCACCUGGCCAACAUGCUGCGUCGCUUCACCAGGGAGAAGGAGGAGAUGCGCAAGAAGAACAUGGCUGCAGCCGGUCUGCCACGGCCCAACACCAAAGUGCCCAGCGCCAACAGUGCACUCCUCAACACCCACUCCAAGGCAGCUGGCAGCAACGACUGCAACAUGGCUGACCUGACCGCCGACCCGGUUGUGAUGUCACUGCUGGGCACAGCCAAUAACGACAUUCUGCAGGACAUGAUGGGUGACCUGGACUUUGGGAUGCUGGACUCUCCUCAGCCCUCCAGUCCAGUGCAGGGAGAGAACGGCUCCUUUGGGAUGGGACAUAAAGCAGGUGGUAGCAGAGUGCCACAGGGUAACGUGAUGACCCCUCCUCCUCUGCCCAGCGGGCUCCCAGGCCCACUCACAAAGCGCAUCGAAGACCUGAGAGCGGCGUCCCGUCUGUUUGAUGAAGAGGGCAGGAAGAAAUUCUUCACAUUGGACAUGAACAACAUCCUACUGGACAUUGAGUUGCAGGUUCAGGAGCAGCCUGCAGAGGUGCGUUCAGCCGUCUACUCUCACCUGGAGGCCUUUGUGCCCUGCAAUAAAGAAGCCCUGCUCAAACGCCUUAAGAAGCUCAGCCUCAACAUACAGGAUGACCGCCUUCGAACGCCCCUGCUGAAACUGAAACUGGCAGUGUGCAGUGUGAUGCCGGAGCAGAUUGCUCGAUACAACAUGGACUGUAUCGCUAAAGUGGCAAAGCAGCAGUCUGAAGAGGGAGAGAAGAACGGGUCAGAGGAUGACGACGAGGAGAAACCAGGGAAGAGGGUGAUGGGCCCUCGAAAGAAGUUUGUCUGGGACGACAAACUCAGGUUGCUGCUGUGUAACCUGGUGCGGGUGAAGCUGGGCUGCUAUGAGCUGGAGGGCAAGAACUCGCUGUCUCUCGAAGACUACCUCAAAGCCUUCAUGGAGACUGAAGUCAAACCUCUCUGGCCUAAAGGCUGGAUGCAGGCCAGGAUGCUGUUCAAAGAGAGCACCAUGGCUCAUGGUCACCUCACAGGCUACACAGCAAAGAAAAAGAUGGUCCCUACUCCCAAGGCCAAGCCAAAGGAGGCUGUGUGGGUUCAGCGGUCUACACCUUCAGCCACUCCCUCCCCUGCAGCCCAGGUUGCCAAGCGACCACCUCAGUCACCGUCUGAGCCCAUAUGUCUCGAUUCCCUGGACGAGGAUCUGACAGUUACCUCCCUGGACUCCAUCUCCCAGGCCCUGGCUAUCCUCGGCAACGCAGCCAAGGGCCUGGCCCAUGGGGACAGCCCCCCGUCCCCGGAUGGCCCCAAGACUGCCACCAACCCCUCUUCUCUCCAUGCCUCGCCACUCCUCCAGCAGCAGAAAAAGAACUCUGUCAGCACUCCCAGCUCCAAUGCACCUCACUACAUCUCUACCUCUUCGCCUUCCUCCACCUCUCUGUCUCGGCCUCCCUCCAUCACGUCCUCUCCUCUGCCCUCAGGGAGGGUGGAUGGGAUGGGGGUGAUUAAGGGCACGGUACAGGCGCACAGACACUCAGUUUUGAACACUCAGAGACCUUUGAGUGUGGGUGUGGCUAAAGCCAACAUGCCUGCCUCAGCAUCGCCACCUAAACCACGUCCACCACCCACUGCGUCUCCGCUCGUGCCCCCAGGAUUAAAGACGGGGGUCUCCACUCCUCCGUCUGGCCUCCUCAAAGGCAGCAAUAAUAAUAAAGCCACCAGUGGUGACACUCUCAUCCUCACAUCGCCUCAGUCUCGGCCACACACCCUCCAAACUCCCUCACACAUGACCCUCAAAACCUUCCAGACGCCUCGCCUGCCCCAGACCCCGCAGAGUAAAUCCUCCCCCUCCCUCUCUCAGACGCUCCCUGGAGUUCAGCCCCAGCCCCGGCCUCAGUCUAACUUCAUCACCCCUAUGCACGCCACUCUCACCAAGUCCACCCACAGCAGCAUCCCACCGAUCGUCAAACUCACCCCCCGCACCCCCAACCCCGUUGUGACCACUACCACCUCAGCCUCACCCUCCAUCUCUCAAAGCCCCAGGUCUCAGGCAACAAUCUCCAUACACCAGUACGCUCCCAAAAGCCCAGCAGGGUUCCGCCCGCAGUUCUCAGGUGCCCAGGGAGGAGCAGCCAAGCCGGGGCAAGGCAGCUACACUCCUCCAGGCAGCCAGAAGACCCCCAACAACAACAGCACCACCAACACCAGCCUUAUUAACACCAUAUCCAUAAGCAAGCAUUCAGGAUCCAGUGCCUCCCCCACAACAGCCUCUGCCAACCCAAGCCCGCGUCAGAGGCCCGGGGGCGGGACACCUCAGGGGGCCAAGCCAGUCGUGUCUGUCCCAUCAUCAUCUGUCUCUUCUCAGUUGCCACAGGUUUCCACGGCAGGUAGCGGCAGUCUGCUCGGCUCAGCCUCGUCUCUUCCCCUGGGGUUUGGGAUGCUGGGGGGCCUGGUGCCCGUAUCCCUGCCCUUCCAGUUCCCCCCGCUGCUAAACCUGCCUCCACUGGGUACAGCAGGCUCCAGUACAGCAGCCGGCAGCUCUGCAGCCAGUAGCAAUGCAUCGUUCUCUACCCUGACCCAGAAUCUGUAUAAGAGUCUCCAGUCAGGGUCUCAGGUUGCUCUGCCUCCUCACUUGCAGCUCGCUUUCUCAGAUGUCAGUCAAAGCCAGGGAGGAGAUGCUAAGAGGAAGACUCUAUGAUCCUGCUGGAUUUCAACGCCCAGCGGAUGCUGUCUGAUGAAACGACAAAGUGUUGGGACAAAUCAGGAUGGAACGUGACUUUGGAUGACAGAUGGACAGACCUCUUGUGGGUCUGAAAUGAGGCAUCUGAAAUGAGGACUGGGUUACACUUAAGAUACUUGAUCUGUGUAGAUCAGCUCAACUCUUCAUGAAUACCACAGUUAAAUAUAACUUUUUAAAACAAUUUGAUAACUUUUAAAUACUAUUCUUCAUAGGAUUGUUAAAUGAAAUGACAAUUACAGUUUGUCAAUGUUUACAAGAUAGACCUAUAUCACUGUGGACAGGGAGAAGGAAUGAAUGGGAUUUUUUAAGAGGGUGUGUGUGUGUAUGUGAGGUUUUGAAUGGGUUUGGUUGGGGGGACUGAAAGUGUGCCUUUGUACAUCUCCUCCCUCUUUGAUGCAUGGUCAGUGUAUCUAUUUGGUGCUGUUUUUAUCAUAAUGUAAUUAUCACUGAUACCUGUAAGAAAUGUAAACUGCAAAUUGAAUUUGAGCAUUUGUUUUUCUUCCAAUGAGAGCUGUACACUUUUUCAUUGUACUUGAAAUGAAUUUGUUUCUGUAUAGAACUCGAACCUACUUUUAAUUAAAAUCUUCACAAUGGA